AGUCAUGCAGAGUUUAAAGGUGAAGAUAUGACAGCAUUUCAUCUUGUGUCUCGUACCCAGUGCUACAGUACAGCUUGUGGUACACUUUGCCCUGAAUCACCAGGAAGCAGCUGUAGAAUUCUGUGUGAAGCCAGCCAUCAAUAGAUUUGUGUGGUUUCAUGGCCACUGAGGAAUAUUCUGCUUUCGCACUGAAUGUCUUUACACGGCAGGAUUCCAGCUCUUCAACUUCUAUAGAUUUUGACUUCACCAUUGAAUAUCAGUUUGUUGAAAAACUGGAAGAGCGAUACAGGUGUGCAUACUGUCGUACAGUCCUUCACAAUCCAAACCAAACUGGAUGUGGACACAGGUUUUGCCAGCAGUGCAUAACAACUUUGAUGAAUUGUUAUCCAGCACCAAUAUGCCCCAUUGACAAAGAAGUGAUAAAGCCUAACGAGGUAUUUAAGGACAAUUGUUGCAGGAGAGAAGUACUUGAUCUUCAAGUGUUCUGUAAAUAUUACCCUGACUGCACAUCCAAUGUGACAUUAGGCCGAUUCCGUGACCACCUUCAGGUCUGCUUGUUUGAAACAGUUCAUUGCACAAAUACCGGAUGCUAUGAAAAUGUGCUUAGGAAAGACUCGAAACAUCACCAGAAAGCUAUUUGUCUGUUCCGGGAGGAAGCUUGCCAAUAUUGCAAAAUACACUUACCUGUAUAUACAUUAAAGGAUCAUGAGCUCACUGACUGCCCUAAUUUUCCUAUCCAGUGUCCAAGUGGUUGUCAUCAAACGAUUCAGAGAAGCAAGAUUGCAGAACACUCCCAGGUGUGUCUGGAGACAGAACAAGAAUGUCCCUAUAAGCGAUUUGGCUGCCUAUUUAAGGAUAAAAGAAUAAAUAUUCAGGAACAUGAGAAUGCUGCCUUGAGGGAACAUAUGAUCCUUGUUCUAGAGAGAAAUACUGAGUUAGAACAACAGAUUCCAAGCCUUUGUAGAAGUGUGGAGUUACAAGACAGUAAAAUCAAGCAGUUAACCGAUGUUGUUACCAAAUGCAGUAAUGAAUUAUCUCAGCUUCUGCACUUGAUUAACAGCAAUGAAACUGUGCUUUCAGCUACUCAGAAAACUCUUUCUAGUCAGAAUGAUAAAGUAACCUGGUUAGAAACACAGAUGAAGCAGCUGACUCAUACAGUCAACCGGGAACAAAACAGGCUUCAUUUCAAAGAAGUAACGGAAACUAUUGAGAAUUUAAGGCAAAAGAUUGUCGGGUUUGAAUCUUAUGGUCAACAAGUGGCUUCUCUGCACCAUCAGUUGAAAAAGCAUGAGGAUGCUGUUAAUUCUCAUAACCUGCAGCUUGGUCAAAAUCAAGACAGAUUUAAGCUCAUAGAAAAUGUUUCAUAUAAUGGCAAAUUGAUAUGGAAAAUUACAGAAUACAAAAGAAGGAAACAAGAAGCAAUCGAGGGACGUACAGUAUCUGUAUUUAGCCAGCCAUUUUAUACCAGUCGCUGUGGAUAUAAACUGUGUGCCAGAGCUUACCUGAAUGGUGACGGCACAGGAAAGGGCAGCCAUUUGUCACUAUUUUUUGUGGUUAUGAGAGGCGACUAUGACUCACUUUUGCAGUGGCCCUUCAAGCAGAAAGUUACUCUAAUGCUCUUGGAUCAAAGCGGGAAAAGAAAUCAUUUUACAGAAAUCUUCAAAGCAGACCCAAACAGUGCUAGCUUCAAAAGACCUGUUACAGAAUGGAAUAUUGCUAGUGGAUGUCCAAAAUUCAUUUCACACACACAGCUAGAAACUGAAAAAAAUGCCUUGUAUAUAAAUGAUGACACUUUAUUCAUUAAAAUUGUUGUUGAUAUAAGUGACCUUGAAGAACUAUAAACAAGGCAUAAUGAGAAGAACUUGAUAUUUUGGGAACCUCUGUUGUUUUAGUUACAAAGGAGGCUUUGCUUGCAUGUACAGUGCUAUCCAUAGCACUGAAUUUCAACUGACAUACAAAUGGAUAUGUAGUUGACUGCGUGGUGGUUUCCCUUCCUUUGCUUCAUUAAGCAACCAUUUUUUUUAAGAUUCCAUUUUGUUUCUGCUCAUCUUCACAUUAUUUUUAAUUAUUUGUUUCAGAUGUCAAAGUUAUUCCUGUAUUUCUGGUUUUACUGGUAAAUAUGUGAAUCUAGCUAAAACAGCAUUUUAUAAACACAAUAAGGGUUUUGAACUCACGGAAAAGGGCAGCUAUAGGAGCACUUCUUAAAUAUGUGCUUUAUUAAUGAAAAAGAAGAGGCAGCUGUGAUAUAGUAAUAAUGCAGUCUUUUUCUGCAUCAUUUAUUUUAAAAUGAGUGUGAUAAGUUAUACAUGUGUAAAAGAUGUUUUGGAUGUGAUAGGAUCAUUGCAAUCUCUAGCUAGGAUGUACAUGUUGCACAUUUGAGUAUAUGCUGCUUUAUUAAUAUAAAAUAAUCAUAUUCAAAGAAAAUUAUUUAUUUUCCACCUCAUUCUCAAACAUGCCAAGACAUUUGGAAUUGGGUAAGUUAAGCAUAUUUUCUAUACUGCUACACUGUAUGUAUGUAUGUUUGAAAUUCUGCUUGUCAUGCCAGUGUCCCAAGUCUGGAAAAGGAUGUGGAUUAUGGAAGGCACAUGGAAUAUGGAAGGAUUUAAUGACUGCUACCCUGGCCCCUCCCCCCAGAGAGGGCUAGGGCACUUGACUGUGCAUCUGGACACCUGAACCAAAAGUACCAAUGUCGUGCCUUUUAGUUGGAGGUUAGCUAUACAGCUUUGCUGCUUGCUAUGCAUCAACAGCGUUGCUACUUGCUAUGCCCCAUAGAAGGAUAAAAUCUGGUUCUUUCACGGAUUCAUUCACACACACACAAACACCCUAAUAUCCAGUUACCUAGAAUGUAGAAGAGGCAACAGGGUGAGACACUGAUUACUGGAGAUUUCUACUGCAGAAGGAGGAGA